GUCGCAGCCUGGACUCUUCUGACAGGGUUAGUGUGUCUUUCCUCGCGAUCGCCAGAAACAUGAGGCGCAGGAGCGCAGAACAGCUCGGCUUCUCCACUUCUGGUUGUUCUAGUUAAGUUGGAGUGGUUCUAGAUCGAUUCUUCAGCGAGGAAGAGCACAUGAGAGUCCAUCAUCCCUCCUCGGUGUCGGACAUGCUGAAGCCGAGCGAGCCCAGCGGUUCUGCUUUCCUCAAAGUGGACCCGACCUACAUCCAGCACUGGCAGCAGCUGUUCCCGCAGAACCCGGUGCCGGUUCCGGUCCCGAGAGCCAGCCUGAUCUCCGUGAGCUCGAGCUCGUCCACCGAGUCUCCCGCGCGCUCCCUCAGUCACGCGCUGUUCGACACCGGAGCCGCUUCUCAAGCCAAAGAACUUUGUUUGUCGUCCAACUUUAAGAACGAUAAAGGCUCGCGACUGAAGCUGAGCUCCGAGGAACUGGACUAUUAUCUGUACGGGCAGCAGAGGAUGGAGAUCAUCCCGGUCAACAACAGCAACGGAGACGCCAAUAACCGCUGUGACAUGUGUGCUGAUAACCGUAACGGGGAGUGCCCGAUGCACGGGCCCCUGCACUCGCUGCGGCGGCUGGUGGGCACCAGCGGCUCCUCGGGGCCCGUUCCCACGCCGGACGUCCCGGACUGGCUCCGGGAUCUGCCUCGAGAGGUGUGUCUGUGCACCAGCACCGUCCCGGGCCUCGGGUACGGCAUCUGUGCGGCCCAGCGGAUCCCACAGGGAACGUGGAUCGGGCCCUUCCAGGGCGUCCCGCUCACGCUGGAGAAGCUGCAGUCGGGGCCCGUCAGGAACUCACGACACUUGUGGGAGAUCUACGAUCAGGAAGGAACGCUACUGCACUUCAUCGACGGGAACGAGCCCAGCAAGUCGAGUUGGAUGAGGUACAUCCGCUGCGCUCGACACUGCGGGGAGCAGAACAUGAUGGUGGUGCAGUACAGGUCGUGUAUCUUCUACCGGGCGUGCUCCGACAUCCCUCGAGGGACCGAGCUGCUGGUGUGGUACAACGACAGCUACACGUCCUUCUUCGGGAUCCCCCUGCAGUGCGUCGCACAAGACGAAAACCUGAACGUGCCGUCGACUGUAAUGGAGGCCAUGACGCGUCAGGACUCGCUCCAGCCCUUCAGCAAGAGCCCGAAGCCCUCGCCGCUGGCCCUGCGCUCCACAGUGUUCCCCCAGUCGCCCUGCUCGCGCAGCUUCUCUCUGAUGGACAAGACGGGCCACAUCGAGUCCAGUUUGAACCAGCUGAGCGUGAAGAACCAGCGCGUGCUGGCCAGUCCCACGUCCACCAGCCAGUUGAGCUCGGAGUUCAGCGACUGGCACCUGUGGAAGUGUGGCCAGUGUUUCAAGACCUUCACGCAGAGAAUCCUGUUGCAGAUGCACGUGUGCACGCAGAACCCCGACAGACCGUAUCAGUGUGGACACUGCUCUCAGUCGUUCUCCCAGCCGUCGGAGUUGCGUAAUCACGUGGUCACACACUCCAGCGACCGGCCCUUCAAGUGCGGAUACUGUGGACGAGCGUUCGCCGGCGCGACCACACUCAACAACCACAUACGCACACACACCGGGGAGAAGCCUUUCAAGUGCGAGCGAUGCGACCGGAGCUUCACACAGGCCACUCAGCUCAGCCGACACCAGCGGAUGCCCAACGAGUGCAAACCCAUCAGCGAGAGCAGCGAAUCAAUCCAGGUGGAUUAACUGAUUGACCGGCGCGCAAUUACACAGCCAGAGAAAAUCAUGAUUAAAUGUCACGGACACUUAAGCAAAACCAAAGAUUUCCUAAGAGAAACGCUCAAUCACGGGCACAAAACCAAAAGCAGUAAUAAAAUAAGUGAGAUGUUAAGAGUUAUUGAUCCUGGCGUGGAUAGGGGGCGGGGCCGGGG